AUGGGAAGUAGAUCUGGGGAGUCAGCCACUGGAGAUCCACAGAGUCCAUCGGGUUUUGGUGGUAGUAGCAACAGGAAUACCGGUAGCUUCCUGUGCAACAUAUGCUUGGAUCCCGCUCAAGAGCCCGUCGUCACCCUCUGCGGUCACCUUUUCUGCUGGCCCUGCCUGUAUGAAUGGCUUCAUGGCCACUCCAGCUCUUCCGAGUGUCCCGUCUGCAAGGCCACUGUUGAGGAGGUGGAUAUUAUCCCACUCUACAGUGGAGGAAAUAGCUCCGCCGACCCACAGUCCAGGUCGAUCGAUGGUACCGACAUUCCAAGCCGACCGGCAGCUGGUCGGAGGUCGGCAAGAGCCCAACAACCACAACCUGACAUGACCAGUUUCCAUCAGCACAACGUGAACCAUGUCCAUCACCUCAACAACCAUUACCCAUGGCCAGUGGGCUGGAAUCAGGUGGCUGGCAUGAGGCAUGGUGACUUCUCAUUUCCGGCACCAACUGCCGGUGGUGUGGCUGCUUCUUUGCACCAAGGUUAUGCCAAUGUGUUUCACUGUUGGAAUGCUCACGGAAUCCACCAAGGUCAUGGCCAGCUUGCUCAUGGGUUCUACCAGGGUCAUGGACAUCAUGCUCAUGGGUUCUGGCGACACCCAAAUCAUAGACAACGGGCUAAUGUCAUCUGGAACAUGCUCUUCUUCUUGUUUGUGGCGCUGGCAAUUGCUAAUACAGUAUCACGGAUGCUUCUGUAA